CGCACACACACCCUUUUUUCUGCUAUUUAGGUAAAACUCAGCUGACAAUUUCUUCAUUGUAUAGCAGCAGCAGCAUUAGAGACAGAAGCUGGCCUUGGAUGUCCAACCCUUUUUCUUUGCAAGAGAGAGAAAGGCAGUAAGAGGCGCAGGCAAAAGGCUACUUCAAGCCACCAAGGAAGGAUGUGGGCUUAUACUGUUGGGUUUACUGUCCUGCCUCAUGUUGGAGGUUUCCUUGGCUGGUUCAUUAAUCGAAAAGCAAUACCUGUUUGGUAUGAGAAGCUGAAAAAACCUUCAUGGUGUCCACCCCGCAAAAUGUUCCCUGUUGCUUGGACCAUCCUCUACACGGGCAUGGGCUAUGCCUCCUACCUGAUAUGGAAUGACCUGGGUGGCUGCAGCAGCAAAGCUAUCGUCCCGCUUGGCCUCUACGGGGCUCAGCUGGCCUUGAACUGGGCUUGGCCUCCCCUCUUCUUUGGCGCACGUAACCUGAAGAUGGCACUGAUCGACAUUCUGUGCUUGGACGUCCUGGUGAUAGGCACGAUGUGCUCCUGGUACCGCAUUAACAAGAUAGCAGCGCUGCUGAUGGUGCCUUACCUGGGCUGGCUGGCCAUGGCGACUUGUCUCACAAUCCACAUCUGGAAGGACAACCCUGAGCAAAAACCAGGAAAGAGUGAAUAAGAGCAGGACAGAUAUGAAGGCAUUUUGUGAAACUAAACUAUGCUGAUGUGAAUCAAGGUCUAAUAAUUUGGGGGAUUCGUUUUGGGACAGGCAUCAGAACAUGCCUCCUCCUCCCACGUUCAUCGUGGUUGUGUGAAAGAAAGGUUUGUACCAUGUGCUUGUGUGCUCCUUUAAAGUAACCAUGCAUCCUUAACCUGGGAACUAUUUUCUCUGGCACUGUUGAGAUUCAGGGGCUACAGCUGUACGGUGACCUUAAUGCUAUGAGGUCAAAUUCCAUUAGCCAAAUUAGGAUCUCAUGAUACCAGCAUAAUUCAGAGUAGCAAAGCUGGACACCCCUCGAAACUGCUACCAUUCCCCCAGAGAGCAGAACUUGUUCACACACGUGGUAAAUCCCAUCUCCUCUUCAAGGACCAAACAAAAAUGGCCUUCACUCAUGCACACCAAUUUUUAAGAACUUGAUUUUUUGCUAUUUGUGCUGUUGCUUCAUUUUCAUGUAUCACCUGGUUUGUGCUUUAUACCAUUAACUUUUUAUCUGUCAGCUACUGAGCAAGCAGUAAUCUGCCUUGUUCUGCUAGUGAAAGGAGACUGGGCACUUUGACUUCUAUUUGUGGAGUAUCGCACUUCUUGAGUUUCAUGCUCCAAGAUAAAGCAGCAAUGAUUAGAAUGCAAAUGCUUCUCCCAAGGGGAAAUUUCUCUCUUCCACCUCUGUGUGCUAUUCCUCAUCAGAAAAGAAAAACUAACAUCAGUGCCUUUGAAAAAAAUACUUAAAAUGGUUUUUUUAAGUACAGAAACACAAGAGCUUUUGUAAAAUUUAAGAACUUGCUCACACUGCCUUGAAGGUUGUAAUUACAUGAUUAGCAAAAAGCCCCAUGCCAAGUCUGUCAGGUGCAGUACAAUUAUCUCAUCCCAGAGUCUUUCCACUCCUGAAUAUUAUUGAUCAGGAAAGGUUAAAAUACAAGUAGUUCCAGAGAAAUGGGACCAAGCCAUGGCAGAACCAGACACAAGAGGAGCAUGGACUAGCCCUUGUCCAUCCUUUAUUCUGGCCAUUGCCUUUGAUAGAUCUGAACCUUAGAUGUUGCUGUCUACAGAGAAUAUUUCCGAUUAUUUUCUAAUUGAUAGAAUGUGAAGAAAAGUGGUAAGUGGAUCUUCUUUCUGGCAGCUGCCUGUAGAUUAAGGUGCGUGGGUAUACUUGCAAAGGGUGGGGGUGGGAGGGCUUAGCUGGGGAUGUAAAAUAAAUUGUAUUUGCUUUUAACCAAGCCACUUCUGUUUGGAGAAUAAAUAAAUCCAAGUUAUUCUUGUUUUACUGAUUUGGCACUAGGUUUGCAAAAGCUCAAGGGAUCCUGUCUGGAGUCCAUGGCUUGUGCUCUGACUCCAAAGGGAAGGGGAUGAGCAGCAAGGCUCUGCAGGGCUCUGGCAGCCAGACUCAUUCCCGGUGCAUGUUAGGAGUAAAUGGGCUGUGUGUGUUUCGAGCCUAAAAGUCCCACAGGUCCCUCGAGCCCUGGCACAGUGCAGACACGCUCACUUGGGGAUCCAUCCCCGUGACAGGCUCCUCCAUUACGCUUCGCCCACAGCUUCAAGGUAAGGAAGCUAAUUCUUGGGUCUGAGGUCCCUCCUGAGUGACGUCAAGCCUGAUUUUUAGAGAUGCUGAAUGUGCCCGGGUCCAACUCACGUCAAUGGCAGAGCUGGGUGCUCAGCAUGACUGAAAGCUGGGGCCAAGAGAAACAAAUACCAGUGGCUGAGAGCAGCUGAAAUUUGUAGUACCUUUUUAAAAUUUGGUCAUAUAUCUUGUUCUGUCAUUUUGAUCCCCUCCAUUAUUUUUCCCUUCUAGCUACAGGACACCUUUAUACAAGACUGCUGCUGCAAGCAUACUGCUGUAAUCUCCCGAGUAAAAGCUGCAUAAGAGCAGGCCAUUGAAUAGAUGUGGCUGUAAGCAGGAGUAGGACUAUAAAGCAGGAGCACUGCAAGCAGCACUAGAAAGAUCAUAAGCUACUUUAAAAUAAAAAAAAAAAAAAAGGAAAAAAAAAGUGCUAUAUAUUUCAGGGCUUUAUAUAACUCUGUUACCACUGAGCUUAUUUACAGUGAUGCCUCGUCAGUGUCUUCCAGAAAGCCACAUGCCAAAGGACAGGAAGACAUAAAUUAUUUCGUCCUAAAAAGAAGCUAAUAUCUGGGCUGGAGAUUCAAUUCAGUGGAGUUAAGAAUGAUUUAGGGCGCCUGAACAUCAUUAUGCCUGUCCUUUCCUAGUUAGCAUGGCAAAGCCACGAGGAACAGAGAUGAGUAGAGCCACCUAGUGAAGGCAGGAGGGAUAAAGCAAGUCUUUACAGUGAUCUCUGCUUUUGAAAAGGGGAAGAGUGUUAUUUAAAUCACAUUUAAGUUGGUAAGUGACUCUAGAUCUGGUUCAAACCUGCAACGUUUUAACAACAUUUCCAAAUUCAAUAUAUGGAUGCAUACUUGAUCAGCUUUCAUAAAUUAGUUUGCUCUCUCCCCUUCUUCCCAUUUUUUUUCUGCAGGUAAAGGAAAAUCUGUAAUUAAGAGUAA